AUGUGUGAUAAGAUAACAGAUAAUUUAAAAAUGCAUCUAACAGAUCGAAAAAGACCUUAUAUUUGUGAAGUGUGUGAUAAACGUUUUACAGAAUAUAGCAAUUUAAAAAUACAUCGCAGAAAACAUACAGAAGGAAAACCUUACGUAUGUGAAGUAUGUCAAAAGAGAUUUUCCGAUGCGAAUAAUUUAAAAACGCAUUUAUUAACACAUACCGGAGAGAAACCUCAUAUUUGCGAAAUGUGCAAUAAGAGUUUUAUACACACGGGCGAUUUAAAAAGACAUUUAAGAACACAUACUGGAGAAAGACCCUAUGUGUGUGAAGUUUGUGAUAAAAGAUUUUCAGAUGCAAGUAAUUUGAAAAGACACUUUAGAACGCAUACCGGAGAAAAAUCUUAUGUUUGUAAAGUUUGUGAUAAAAGUUUUGCGUGUAGGAGUACCUUGGAGAGACAUCAAAAAACUCAUACCGGAGAAAAACCUUUUAAUUGUGAGACGUGUGAUAAAACUUUUGCUCACACCGGUGAACUCAAAAGACAUGUUAGGACACAUACCGGCGAAAAGCCUUAUUGUUGUGAGCUUUGCGAUAAAAGCUUUGCACGGAAAAAUACCUUGGAUGUACACCUACGAACGCAUACUGAUGAAAAACCAUAUGUUUGUGAAGUGUGCGAUAAGAGACUUGCGUUUGCUAGUAAUUUGAAAACCCAUUUAAGGACCCACACCGGCGAAAAACCUUAUUCUUGUGAAGUGUGUGAUAAAGGCUUUGCCCACACGGGUGACUUAAAAAGACAUAUGAUAACACAUACCAGAGAAAAGCCUUAUGGUUGUAAACGAUGUGAUAAAAGUUUUACAAACCAGAGUGCCUUAGACAGACAUCUGAGAAUACAUACUGCAGAAAAAUCUUAUGUUUGUGAAGUGUGCGAUAAGAUAUUUUUAGAUCCUAGCGAUUUGAAAAAGCAUUUAAGGACACAUAACAAAGAAAAACCUUAUGUUUGUAAAGUUUGCGAUAAGAAGUUUUCCGUUGCUCGAUAUCUUAAAACGCAUUUAAGGAUACACACCAGAGAAAAACUGUAUGUUUGUGAAGUGUGCGAUAAAAAAUUCUCUGUUGGUCGUUACUUGAAGAUGCACCAAAGGACUCAUAGCGGAGAAAUACCAUUUGUAUGCGAAGUCGUGAUGUCUGUAGGUACCAAUAACCACUGAACGCCAGAUAGGCGCUAUCUGUCUGCCCGUCCAAGGCCAUAAAAAUUCACACAAAUAUUUAGGAAAUAAAUAGUAUAAAAACUAUUUACAGAGACGAUUCUGAAAAGAAGUUGUGCUUACACUUAACUUGGUGAAUGAGAAAGAAGUGAAACUUCUUUUACGGUGUGUAGUAUUGUGGUUUUCUUCAUUGUUCAUCCUUAAAAUCAAAUUUCUCUUGUAACAGGAAGAGCUGUGAAUAAGAGAAAUGACCUAUUUUUUUUAUUGCCUUUAUAGGCAGACGAUCAAAGGCCCACCUGAUGGUAAGUGGUUACCGUCGCCCAUGAACUUCAGCAAUGCCAGGGGCAGAGCCAAGCCGCUGCCUACCGCUUAAUACUCUCCACAAGCCUCGUUUGAAGAAGGACAUGUCAUAUCGCUCGGGAAACACCGUGGAGGGGAGCUCAUUCCAUAGCCGGAUGGUACGUGGCAAAAAAGAUCUCUGGAAACGCACUGUGGAUGACCGCAGUGGCUCCAGGUAGUAUGGAUGAACUCUACUCCGGUGGCGGGCGGUGCGAUGGUAAAAACAAGAUGCUGGUAUCAUCUCGAACAAUUCCUCAGAGCACUCCCCAUGGAACAUACGGUAAAAUUAAAAUUGACUUAAAUUUCAAAAAGUUUCUUCAUUACUUUGAAUAGGUAGUAGGUAGGAAUAGACUCUUAUCAAUUUCUGCCAGUCUUAGAUAUUGUUCAAUACAAGUCAACAUAUUAUAUUGUUACAAUAAUGCAUCUUGAAUAUGUAUUAAGAAAAAAAUGAAUGAAUUUAAAAGAACA